AUGGCUAGAGGCAGGAAGAUGUCCAAGCCCCGCACGGUGGAGGUGGCGGCGGUGGCGGCGGCGGCAGCGGUGGCAGCGACGGCCCCGGGCCCGGAGAUGGUGGAGCGGAGGGGCCCGGGGAGGCCCCGCACCGACGGGGAGAAUGUGUUUACCGGGCAGUCCAAGAUAUAUUCCUACAUGAGCCCGAACAAAUGCUCUGGAAUGCGUUCCCCACUUCAGGAAGAGAACUCAGUUGCACAUCAUGAAGUCAAAUGCCAGGGAAAACCAUUAGCUGGGAUCUACCGGAAACGAGAAGAGAAGAGAAACACUGGGAACACAAUCCGGAGCCCUGUGAAGUCUGAGGAACAGAAGAUCAAAGAUGCCAGGAGGGGCCCCCUGACCCCUUUUCCAAACCAAAUAUCUGAAUCAGCAGAACCUCCAAAAACUCCAACCUCGUCUGGUGACUCUACAAAUGCAGCCAUCGCCAAGCCCAUCCUGAAAAAACCCGUGAAGGGCAAACAGGCCCCACGGAAAAAAGCUCAAGGAAAAACGCAACAGAAUCGCAAACUCACAGACUUCUACCCUGUCCGAAGGAGCUCCAGGAAGAGCAAAGCCGAGCUCCAGUCUGAAGAGAGGAAAAGAAUUGAUGAGUUGAUUGAAAGUGGAAAGGAAGAAGGAAUGAAGAUUGACCUCAUUGAUGGCAAAGGCAGGGGAGUAAUUGCCACCAAACAGUUCUUACGGGGCGAGUUUGUAGUGGAGUACCACGGGGACCUCAUUGAGAUCACCGACGCCAGGAAACGGGAGGCUCUGUAUGCACAAGAUCCGUCCACGGGCUGCUACAUGUACUAUUUCCAGUAUCUGAGCAAAACCUACUGUGUUGAUGCCACUCGAGAGACAGACCGUCUGGGGAGACUCAUCAAUCACAGCAAGUGUGGGAACUGCCAGACGAAGCUGCAUGACAUUGACGGUGUGCCUCACCUCAUCCUCAUCGCGUCCCGGGACAUCGCGGCCGGGGAGGAGCUGCUCUAUGACUACGGGGACCGUAGCAAGGCUUCCAUCGAGGCCUACCCGUGGCUGAAGCAUUGA